UGUUAGACGUUCUAGAGAUCGGACGACUUGCAGUACACUGUACAGUGCUCUUGUUCUUGUCUUGUCUAAAAUAAACAAGAUUUCUAUGGAUAAGGUGAGUAUUAAGAAAGAGGCGGAUGACGACCUCCCCGAUGGAAAAUUAUACCCAGAGUCAAGAAGACAUGAAAACUCUCGACUCUCUAGUUUCCCGCCCACACAAAGAGUUUCUCCAACUGCCACGCCCCUGAGGUCCCUGGCUGGGAUAGGGUUUACACCCUCUCUAGUGGACAGUACAAUGAGCUUGAGCCCGCCCGGUCCCUCUGAGUUGUUUGGCUCCCAGAGAACCGUGUUUAAGCUGAAGAGGUUCCUGGGCACCCUCAUCAAGUUCGGGACGGAUAUCUCGGCCCAGGUCGGGGAGAAGGUCAGGGAGAUGGUCUUCAACCUCGUCGCUGGAGUUGUAUCUGUCUCUGAGUUCCAUCUUCAGCUCCAGGAUGUAACCAACUUCCCUGUCCGACCCUACGUUCUCCCCUUCCUACACACCAAUAUAUCAUUCCUUCAGAGGGAGAUUGCAAGUCUGAGUGGUGGAAGUUGCAAGAGUGUUGUUGAAUAUCUUCGUCAGCACGAGAAUUCUAUCCUCCAACCUCCUCCUCCGGAUCAUGGGAUCUCGGAGCCCAGCGAUAUCUUUCAUAGCGAGGCUGUCGAGUCCCAUCAGGACCGGAAGCGUCGAACCUCUUCGACUAGCGACAGCGAAUCGGCCAAUAAACGUACAAAGCCUGGUGGUAGUCUGAUCAGUCCGCCAUUAUUUCAAAAUGGCGCAUUUCAACGGAAAGACGGACUUCCGCACAAAUGGAGUCAGUUCCCUGGGAAGCUGGCCAUAGUUCCAGGGUGUCCUAGUUCAGGCAGCGGAGAGGGUAGCACCACCAAUUCUAAACCUGAAAACCAGUGCAAUGACGACGAGUGGAAAAAUGUUCAAGUUAUGUUGAAUUGUAUUCUUGGGAUGGUUGAGAAAACCCAGCGAGCAAUCAGCAUCCUACAACAACGACAAACCACAGCAGCCACCCUUAGGUCAACCGAGGAUAUCAUUGAAGAAGUUCAAGCAUCAGCGGUUCGAGCUGUUAACGAAGUAAAACAGAACGCUCUGUGUGAGAUAGCACGUGCCCGCCACGAGGCAAUGUUGCUCCGGAAACCAGGGAAGGAGAAGGAAGGAUUACUCCGGGUGUCAACUAGUCAAGGAGAUACAGCAGAGAUCUGCUGGAACUGUGGUAGAUCUGCUUCAGAGACCUGCUCUGGAUGCAAGGUUGCCAAGUAUUGCGGAGCGUUCUGUCAACACAAAGAUUGGGAGAACCAUCACAGGGUGUGCAGGGUUCAGGAGGAAAUAUCUUCUCAUAAUCUUGAACUCAUCUCUAGCAAACCAGAUAACAGCAAGGAGAGCAAAUAGAUCUGAAAAAAUCCAAGAUCCACUAAAAUCCGGGAAAUUUUUAUUUGGUUUUGAUCUUUUUGAUCUUUUUGAAGAUGUAAGACGACAUUCGGUGAAUUACGAUUUCGCACGCUGUGAUUGUAAAAAUAGGUGCAAGGACACGUGUUUUAGUUAAUUUCAAGCAUAAAAAUAUCUGUUUGAGCUUUGCAUCUAUUUCAGCAAUAAGGUUUUUUCAUUUCUAUUUGUUAUACUUGAAAUCUUUAAUGCAUUCAACGGCAUAGUGGAGGUUAAGCCUAGAGAAGCAAAAUUUGGCGCGCAUUCCAUUCAAAUUAUAUGGCCUUAUAAUUAACAAAAAAUAAUUGAAAGUCUUGGUUUGUUUGCAACAAAUAUAUUUACUAUUUCCUCACUCUAAACCUGGUUCAGGAUGUCGGAGUGCAUGUGCAUCCUGGCCAGGUUGCACUGCACACCUCCCGCUCCCCACUGAGAGACUGAAAUGGAAUUUAAAUGAAACCCCGCGAAAAAAAUAUUGUAAAUAAGAUUAAGGUACAAAAAAGAAUUUGAGAAAUAAAAUGAAC